AUGAUAUUUGUUUGGCGCUGUUUAGUGUUUAUUGUGUAUUGUAGCAGCGAGGCGAUGAAAAAGCCUGUUUCAACGACGGAACCUUCGAGGUCAUUAGAGGGUGUCUCCUCGAUCCUUUGCAUGGCAAACAAGUGUGGCUCCACUGAUAUGAUGGAGCGUUACCGCAAUCAACUGGUGGAUCGUGUAUUAGCGCUUACCUCGUGUAUUAUUGAAAGAAUAACUACUGCGUUGAAUACUGACGUGACGUCAAAGGCGACGCCAAGGAUAGGGCAAUACAAGGAUACGAAUACUGUCAUCUCUGGGAGAACUCCGGAUUAUGGUAAGCGUAACUUUGUUGCCAACCGUAUUUACGAUAACCGUAAUGGUAAGUUACAUCGUGGGAUACGUCCCACACGAGAAAGGGCAUUUACAAUGCCCGUUAUUUGCACCACAUUGCCUGAAGUGAUGACUCCAAUGAACAUGAGCACUAAUUCAGUAAUGACAAUUAACAUUAGUGAUUGUCGAUCCAAGUUGAAUAUCACGUCUUCAGAGUUGCCACUUUUUACCUCAUUAAAUAAAUUUUCUAUGGAGAACAAUGCAUCCCGUGUCAAAGAGUCUAACUCAUUCUCUGAAGUGAUGUGCCUCACCGGUGGGCGUGAAAUGGGGCCACUCUUUGUGCGAUGUAAACCCCUUACCGAUGAACAGGUGCGUGUUACUUUGUCCCUUGUCAGACAUGGUAGCAAUAAAGCCAAAGAGGGGCAGCAGCUUCAGCGUCCAUACUACGAAUUGCUGCAUGUUUGUUUGUAUGAGCUGAUGGAUUCAAUGCCGCCUCUCUCGUCACCGUGCCUUGUCGAACAAGAGGCAAGGCAAGUUCCUGCUGGCUGUUUUACAAGGGCCGUCUACGCCCUCCACUCCACGGACAAUGAACAGACCGAGACUGCGGCAUUGAAUGUACGGAAAUUAAUCAAGGAAGAGGAUCAAGGAAUGAUGCGCGGAGCUGCCUCUAGCCAAAUUCCACUGAAGCGAAAGGGUUCAAAGACGAAUUCAGCCAAAUCAAAGUAUGGAAAAAGUGGGAAACUCGGAAGAAGCAGUGUUGUGUCGUUGAAUUUGAAAUCCGCUCCGAAAAUCACAAAAGCAGCGGAGGUAACUUCAGCUAAUAAUAAUGAAAAUCAAGAAUAUGUGUCGCCAAUUGUAUGGUGUCCUGUCACUCCAUUGAUGGACAACAUUUACAGAUCCAAAUGGACGCAGCCCAUGGGAAGAGCAUCAAGUCAAGCGAUCGAUAAUGAAAAGAAUAUUUGUAUAGAUGAGACCAAUGUUGGUGAAGAUGAUGUGUGCAUGUGUAAGGACGUUGAGGCUCAAUUUGUCCUGCGUGGGGGGGAGCGCAUUUACACACUUCAUUACGUAACACCUUUAUCAAUGAAGAGAAGAGAAACUAACGAAGAAAACAGUAUGUGUUAUGGUGUUGUCCCCGUCAUUAGAAUAUGUGUGAAUCCGCCUGUAACUCCAUGA